ACGAGUACUGCCAAGGCGGCAUGAUGGGAGAGUACCUGUGUAUCGGGGACUACAUCUGCCUGUAUUGCGAGGAGACAGAGGGAUAUGUCUACAGCGAGCAAUCUAGUGCCACCGAUAACGGUCUAUGCAUUUACAACAACCAAGACAGAAAUCGGCCAACGAACAUACCGAAUCAACAAGUGGUGGUGUUCCAAGUGUGCAUUCAGAACCGCUACAAGCUGAACAAAAAGUACCGGAAGUGGCUGUCCACAGUGGCCAACGAUGGCGCGGAGUUCAACAUUAAAUCGGUUCUUGCACAAUCGAAGGCGGCAGCGCAGGCAGAAGACAACGACAAUGAGUUGGAGCAGAAACGUCAGCAUGGAAAACGUGUCAGAUAUGGAGAAAUAGUCCAGUUAAAACACAUGUUCACCGGCAAGUUUGUGCACAUGAGCACCACACAGACCAGUCAGAUAGACAAGAAUUACAUGAAGGUGUCUCUGCAUGAUUUCAACGCAAAGAACGCUCAAUUCAGGAUCCUGCCGCGCUAUAAGGUCAAGUCGGAAGGAGAAGUUGUGCAGUUAUAUGACCAGAUCGUGUUUGAAAGUGUCAAGUCUCCCGGACAUUACUUCCAUGCCAGCGAGCCACAUCAGAUCGACUACAAGUCACAUGGGUCGGAGCUUAAUCUUGGCGUUGAGAGGUCUAGCUUCACUCUUAUUGGCAGCUUUAGAGAGACUUUAGAACAGGAGAGGUUCGUUAGGGGCGGUUCCGUGAUACGCCUGUUCCACAAGGAGUUGGAGGCUUACCUGGUGGCAGAGGGCCUGUUUGAUGAGGGGGUCACGGAGGACGUCCAUUUCCGCAUCCGGGUGAUCGACCAGCAUCGGCCAAAGUCUCUGUCGCCGUCCACUUCCGGAAUCACAUACUGGCAGAUCGAGUCCGAACACAGCGUGCUGGAUGGGGAUGUUUUGCGUUGGGAACAACAAAUCCGCCUACGUCAUAUGCUGACGCGCCAAUAUUUGUGUAUCGAUUCUCGAAGUGAGGUUUCCUUGGUGCUUGACCCAGCCGACCCUAGAACUGUGUUUAGGCUACACUCCGUCCUCAAAGAACAAGACGAAAUUCAGUAUGAAAGUUAUGCCAGAAUCGAGCAUGUCCUCACUGGAUGUUGGCUGCAUGCCCUCAAAGAUGAAGACUAUGAAAAGCGCGAGUUCCGGACGAACGACACGGAGGAGACGUCUAUGUAUGGUCUGAGAUGGGACGGAGCCUCCACGCGCAAGGUGUCCGCCAGCGGCGAGAGUAUGUAUGAUGACGCCUACACGCUACAGCUCGUGGAGAAACGUGACGUCAUGAACCUGAACUACGUCGCCGGCAUGGUCCCUUUCCUGUACAAUCUUAUCCAGGAUUUCCAGAAUGGUGCAUCCCUGACCGCCAAAAAGACUCAUGGAAUUAUAGCGGCUGUGAAAGAACUGAAGACGUUCAUGAUCAUAGAGGGACAACCGGUGAAGGAUAGGCAGAAGCUAAUGAGGAAUCUGAGGGUGAUAGACCUGCUGGUGAAGCUGCUGCAAUGUUCGCUGAAGGAAGGCGACGAGGAGACACACAUGAUCCGCAUAUUCAAGGAGGCUUACGACGUCCUGCAUGCGUACAUGAUCGGGAAGAGCCGCAAGAACGCGCUCUACUUCGCCAAAUACAUCGACUUCUUUCAGACCCAGUUCACCCAGAAAGGGGGAAUCGGCCUCAACGUGGCACAGAUGAUUGUAGAGCUAAUAAGGGACAAGAGGAAGAUCGUAGACCGCAUCACGAAAAACCACCUGGACAUAUAUAUCGACCUCCUCAGAAAACACCAGAACUACCGGUUCCUGGACCUGUUACAAGUGCUGUGUGUGUGCGAUGGGGUAUCUAUUCCUAACAAUCAGACGUACAUCACAGAGAAAUGGCUGAGGACAUAUAAGGACAGCGUUUUCCUCACUGACCGGGGUCAGAACAUCAACAAACGACCAAACAUUAUCUAUGUCUCCACAAACAACACUCAGAGUUGGGUCACUUUGCAUGAAUUUGUGAAUCCGGACAGUCCAGAAUACAACCAAGAACAGUAUGACUUUCUCAUUCAUCAGCUGGAGCUCUUCAAAGCCCUAACUUACGGCCGGAAUGACUUCGGUAUCCACGUGAUCACGCGUGAGUUCGGCUACCUCACCUGGGAGGACGCCUUCCUUUGCAUCACAUCAAACCUCCUGCCCGACAGCAUCCGGGCGAGAUACUGCGAACUGAUUAUCGGUCUGUUUGUGGAUGUCGGCAACAACUACUCUGUCCUGGACAAUCCCAACAUCUGCUUCGUCUACGAGUAUGUCGGCUCAAAGGACGCGGAGCGGGAACAGAGCCAGUUUGUGGUGAAGGACUUGGUGACGAUAUUUCCGGUGUUACGAGACUGGCUUGCCGAGUUUCUGAAUGACAACUGCAUCAUGACAGCUUCUGACAUUGGCCACAAUCUCCUCAUUGAACAGGUUCUGCGACUGUUACAACAUCUGGUUAAGUUUGGUUACUAUAGCGACCUGGAUGACGUCAGACGUCUCCUAACGCCACUUCUUAGUCAACUGGAUGGACGCCAUGACGUCCCCUUUCCGAAAGAUAAAGGCAAAGGCUAUUCAAAGGAAGGCCAGAAGACUGUCAACAAAUACAGAGAAUCGGGCAGAUUUGAUAUAUGUCCCGAAACGGAAGCCGUCGUGAAAGCAAAAUUCCAAGCUAUGGAAGUGCUUGAUCUUUUAUUGACGUUUCAAAGAAAUAUCCGUCUAAAGACAUUUGUGGAGAAGUUCAAAGUGGCAGAGCAGAAUGCGCUCAAGAGGAGGAACCAGACCACAAUGGAGCCCUUGCUGUAUGAAUCAUUUAACCCACAAGAUACGACCAAAAAAGCGUUGAAAAAGCAGAAGGAAGUUUUGCGCGAACUGAAAGACAUGUUUCACGCAUCCGCCAUAUUUGACAUCGAUCACACAACCUCCGUCCUCUUAGAUCUGUCCAACUACAAGUACGAUAUCAUGGUGACUAAAUCUCUGGAUAUUCUGAACAAGCUGUACUCCUCCCAGAGCGACAUGUUCCGGUUAGCGGUAGAGGCUCAGAUUCUUCUGUCGCAAGACUCGGCCCGCGUGCACAGAGAGGUUCAGCGUAGCCUGCCCGUGUUGCGUCGGCUAGCGAAACAGAAACUCAACGACCAACAAGUCCUGCUCAUGAGCGAGAUACUGGAUGAGCUGGCAGAGUUCUGUCAUUUGCCAAAGAAUCCACAAGAGCCUCAUUUCAUGAACCAAAACAUAAUGAUCAGCCAUGGAAUAUUGGACAUCGUUCUCGACAUACUGUCCCAGGAAAUCGACGCCAAACUUUUAGAUCAGUACUGCGGGAUGCGCGUGAUCUUCCAGAAGACGCUGUACCUUCUGCAACUCCUCAUCCGAGAGAACGACAACGUGCAGUUCCGGAUCUUCAACCACCUCGACGUGCUUCUUGACGUCACCGUGGUGCCGUCAGAUCUCGCGUUGGCACUGAAAGAGGUGUUCAUUGCGAAUCAAGCUACGUGCCUCAAGGUCCACCCCCAGCAGGUCAAGAAGAUUGUCCGCCUAGCGGCCGAACACCAACACAACGCAUCGGAGUUCCUUGACCUUCUAAACGUCCUGGUCAAGGUCGAGGGUCUUGACCUUACCAUCAAGCGCAACCAGGCUCUCGUCAUGAAGUACAUCAUGCAGACGUUCAAAAAAGCGGCAUAUGUACUCGACCAGUCCAGAGAAGCCAGGGAGCUGAUCUUGACCAACAGAGGCGAGGAAGGACAUCUGUCGUACUUCGCUCACCUUGUUGAUCUAUUGGCCACUUGUGCUGAGGGUGAAAACAAGUUCAUCGAGUCCCUGUGCCAGACCAUACUUCCGGUGGACGAGAUCCUUUGGGUGAUCAAUCACCCCGAUAUCGACUGUAACAUCAAGCGUCCCUUCAUCAAGUUCAUGAUGUGGGUCUACAUGAAGCCCGCCGAGAACAUCAUCGAGAGCGGGGCGGCCGACCUGCAGCACCACAAGCAACUCUGGGAUUUCAUUGAAACGGUUGUUGGUGAGAUCAAUCAACUGACAGAGAACGUGAAAAACCACAGAGAAAAGUCGUUUGAGCUGCUUAAAGCAUCUCCGUCAAAAAGCAACGUUUCUAGUACAAGGGACAUGUCCAGUCUCGUGCAUGGAGGCCUGUUCUACAUUCUGGAGGGAGUCAUGCCGUUUUUGGAGGUGUUCUACACAUCGUUCUAUGUGCAAGACAAAGAUCUGUAUCCAGAUGAAAUCUUCAACACCGACAGUCUCGCUACCGCCCUCGUGUCCUUCAGUGACGUCGUUGGUUCUUUGAUGACUUCACCUUUGCACAUGAAAGCGGUAGUAACAUCCCUCACAGCAGUCGUAACAGCCUCCAGCACACCCAAGUCGGUGCUUGUCAACGUGUUGGAAAAAUUUACCAAUGAGAUGAAAGUUGGUGACACAAAAAGUGCGGUUAGAAAGGGCAACAUGGAGUAUUAUGCAGCGGAGUUAGAGCUGAAUGCCAAGUUCCACACCUUUGCACAGAACUGCAGCCGGGUUCAUGUCGGUCAUAACACUGUACUUCAACAACUGAAAUACAGAAGCAAGUCUAAACGAGAAUACACUGAGCUUGGAAGUAACGAGGAGUUACCCCUGGGAGAGGAGUUUCAGAACCUGGUCAAGUGUUUCAUCGACCCGAAGGAAAAGAAGGCUAACAAACGCUAUGCACUAACGAAUAAACUGCUCGAACAACUUGCAAUAUCUUCUACGAAGAUUCGAUUCGCCGUGUCGUCGUCACGCGCCCAAGAGGAACUGGACGUCAAGUGUCUCCAGAUCCUGCGAACCCUCAUCCACAAUGAGGAGCGGAAACUCCCGGACGACUGGCAUAACCGCGCCUCAGAUGUCAAAGUCAAAAAGCAACUGAACCACAUCCGUGACAUACAGACGGCAAUCAACGCACAUGACGUCGUAAACAAAGUGCUCCCUCAUCUGGCGCGACGCAGUGACGCCAUCGCACGUGAAGUGCUGGCGUUCGUCAGCAUCAUGUUGUUCAACGCAAACAGAGAAGUACAGAAAUCCUUACUGGAUUACUUUUUCUCCACUCGAGAGGAAGUUUUCUUCAUGGCUGUCAGGGACAGAAUGCAAGUGUCAACAAACUCCAUCAAAGAGAAGCUUUUCAUGAUAAAAAAGUCAUUAAGGAGCAAUAGGCGCGCCUUACUAGCACAGCAUGAGAUGAGGAGAGCCGAGUUCAUGAACAACUUUGGUAGCCUUCAUACGUCCUUGACCUUGGGAAGAAAGGCCUUCCAGAAAAUACAACAUUAUGAAUUGAGAUUGAAGAAAGAGAAAAUGCAAGGAUGGCGAGCCCUAAGCAGAGCAAAAGAACCCAUGUCUGACAAAGAGAGGCGACGAUCCAAGAAGCGGAAGAGCUCGAAGAAGCAGUCGAAGACGCAAAUGACGAAUGGGAUGACGAAGGACGUCAUCAGUGACGUCAUCACUGACCGAAGCCACGAGAACCUGCUGGAGUCACGGUCACCACCGGAUAAGUUUAACAUUGACUACAAACCCGCAACUGGUGAAAUCGAACUCGUGAAUGUUGCAGUGGAGGACGAUGCUGAUGACGAAAGUCCCGAGGCCAUGUCUGCCGAAAUGGACGCUAGUGUUGCGGAUAUGCUACAGUACAAAGACGACGGUUGCAUAGAACUGGUACUUAAGGUCCUUGCCAGAAUCUGUGACGGGCAGCAUGUGGGGCUUCAGAACUAUCUGAGAGAGCAGCCUGACAACGUGAAGUCAUUCAACAUCAUCGGCGAGACCGCGCAGUUCCUCAAUGUCGUCUACUCGAGCAUCAACAGUCGCACCGUGGACCUCGUUAUACAGCUCUUCAGCACCCUCAACGAGUUCUGCUCGGGCAACCAAGAGAAUCGAGAGGUUAUCUACAACAAGAAGGCCAUCGAUUACAUAAACUUCAUUCUGAGAGCGGGCGAAAUCGCUGACUGUCCCCCAGAGAAGGUCCUGGAACUACGAGAAUCGAUUGCAGGUUUGAUUCUGUCUCUGAUUGAAGAAAACGGACCUGCGGCUACCCAAGUUGCAAAGGAGGUAACCGACACGUUGGAUAAGGAGGCAAUAUACCGCUGCAUGACGCAGUGUCACGAGAUGCAUCAAUCAGAGAAGCCCAAACUCGAGGACAUCGUCAAGUCUGAAGGGGGAUACAUGAAGUCCGCCAAGUCCAUGGUCUCGCUCGGUGGAAGUCUACUGCAGGGGGUCGUGAAGGGACCAAGUAAGAAUGCCCUAAAGGAGUCACUGAUGGCAGUUGGUUUCCGCUACUACCUUAUUCUUGCAAGGAUGACAGAUAUCCAUCCGCAACUCGCUGAACGUCUAAAUCUGACACCGGAACAAGAGAAGGCAUUUGAGUACUACAAGAAGAAUUCCACUUCUGUUGAAAUAGUGAAAGAUGACGUGCUGCAAAAAAUUAACUUCAGAAUUAAAAACAAGAUUCUCAUCCGCGAAGAAGUGAAAGAAAAGCUCAAGUGGAACGUUGACCGAACGUCGCCUAGCAACAAGAUCCGGGACCUUAUGGACUGGACACGUGACAUCAUGCAGGACAUCUCAUACCAACGGAAGAUUCUCUUCAACCCAAUUGCUAUAAUGUUCACAAAAGGCUGGUUGCUAUGGAACCACUUAGUAACCUUUCUUAGUUUUGCCAUCAACAUCAUGAUGUUGUUCACGUGGAACGCCAAGGCGACCGUGGAAGACUACCAAAAAGUGCAAGCACUGGGCAAUUCGACCAACCAGACCUUUGACUGGGCUCUUUUGAGAGAUCCCACCCCGGAGAUAAAGGGCCUACCCAUUCAGGAGUACACGAUCACAAUGUACAUUCUGAUGGGACUUCACAAUCUCUUUUCCCUGUUCGUCCUCAUCAGCUAUUUCCUGUCUAAUCAUCCGCGACUCCCGACGCUAUCUGAGAUCAAGGAACUGUUGAUAUGCUGUCGGAGCGAUGACAACGGCGAAGAAGCGGAUCAGAAGAGAAGUUCAGAGGAAAAACCAUCCAAGCUGGACGUCAAGUUCUUGAGUUUUACCACUUUUUAUUAUAUGCUGUUCCUUGGAACGUCGGUAGCCGGGACGUUGUUUCAUGGAUAUUUCUUUGCAUUCCACCUGCUUAACAUCGUGAACAAUAAUCAGCUCCUCAGCGGGGUCAUAAAGGCCGUCACACAAAACGGCGUGUCCUUACUUUGGGUCGGUAUCCUUGGUUUCAUCGUCAUCUACAUCUACUCCUUGGUCGGAUUCUCCCUGCUGCGGGCCUACUUCGCCCCCGGAGACUACCUGUAUUGCUCCACCCUCUGGCAGUGUACGGUCACCGUGAUACGAUAUGGACUCAUAGGAGACAUGUUUGAGGUGGUCAAACAGUCCGAACACGAGAGAACGUUUGCGACGUUUUGGCCCAUCGUGUUGUACCACGUGUCCUUCUUCAUAUUCAUCACGACUAUUGGCCUCAACAUCAUCUUCGGUAUUAUUGUCGACACCUUCUCCGAGCUGAGGGAUCUGAAGUGGAGGGCAGAAUCGGACAUGAAAGAUACCUGCUUUAUCUGUAGCAGAAAUAGUUACGAUUUUGAGCAUCACGGCAAGGGCUUUGACUAUCACGUGCGUAACGAACACAACAUGUGGUCCUAUGUGUUCUUCUUUAUCCACCUCAACGAUAUGAAGACGAGCGACUACACGGCCAUAGAGCUCUACGUCAGCAAACAACUGGACCAGGAGAGCUACGACUUUUUCCCGAUGAACCGAGCCCUGUGCCUGUCCUCCAUUGAUAUCGACUCCACUGAGUCCAAAAUCGACGAAUUGCUGUUCCAGGUCACUACCAUCGCACAAAAGCAGCGGGACGAUGAAGUAGAAAAGAAACGCAAGGUCGAGAAGUUGAAACAGAAGCGAUGGCAGGAGAAGCAUAGGCGCUUCAUAUUCGGUCUACAUAACCAAGACGAAAAUGAGCUGGGCGGGCGCGGCCCCUUGUUACCACAGUCGGGGUCAAGCAACGAAGGGGGCUACGGGCCUCCGCCAAAGAACUCCGGAAACAUGCUAUCGGUCUCGGAUGAAUCCGACUUUUACAAAGAGAAACGUGGAUCGAUAUCUCUGCUGCAGAUUCUCGAAGGUCUUCCAGACGAUAAGUCAUCCCGGGCGUCCCCACAAUCGCGGAUUCUCUCCAUCUCCGAUUCCGAGGAAGACACUGACUCUUUAGGCAGUACGGGACCUGUCGAUUCGUAUGAUCUGACGAAAUCUCGCGAGAUGUCACGGGAAAGAAUCGACGCCAUUGUUGAUGCGCCAAUUAUUGUCCUUCCUGAGCCUCAAACGGAACCGCAAGAUGCUUCUUCCGGUGAGGAAACACCGCCUGCGGACGACCUUCUGGCUGCUUCGCUGGCUGCCAUGGAUGACUAUGAUGGCGACGACCAACAGUCUACCAGACUGUAAACCAAUGUGUUGUUGUUUUGAUUUGUAUAAAGACUUAAAAAUGUCGAUAAAAUGUUUGUGUUAUAUAAAAUGUAUAAAGACUUUGAGAAUGUCAAUAACACAUGCUUGCUUUACCGCUUUACUGUUGUGCGAUUGUGAAAUUUACAUUAUUGUUAUCGACGCUUGUAAAUAUUGUAAUCGACGCUUGUAAAUAUUGUAAUCGACGCUUGUAAAUAUUGUAAUCGACGCUUGUAAAAUACUCGUUAUCUCAUCAACAAUGUUUAAUGUUAUUAUUCGUCUACAUAUUGCUGGAUUCACCGUGCAAGAUCAAUAACGUAUAAUGAUACAUCUAUGCAUCUCAAACAUUACAUUUCUCCAUUAGCAUCCACAGGUAUCCACAAGUUUUUCAAGCAAAGCUAUUGUUUCUUCAACAAACGUGAACUUUUUAAGUUAUGUUUAAGCCAAGUUCGAACGGACACACGUUAAGACAGACACCAGAUGAAUCGAGAGUAAACACAUAGUCCCAUACGGUUACAUCGCUUGGGGGGACUAAACAGAAAAACGCUUUAAAAUAAACAUAAAAUUUGCAGACGUUAAAUACAAAACAAUUUAUUUCUGGCUCGUAUGCCAUAAAAAACUAUUCGCGAAUGUUCUAUGUAAUUUCAAAUUGUUUAAAGAUCAAAUACCAUAAGUUUUCAUGUGUAAAAUAUUUUGAUAUUAACAUGCGCAUGUUUAAUCCAUUUUAUUGAAAUCAGCUUUGUUAUGUUUUUUUUUAUAUUUUAUUCUGCUGACCGUGCAAUAUAUGUUAUUUGUAAUGUAUUCAAUAUAAAAAAUAUAUUACCUGUUGUGUUCUAUUCACUGUUUGUUUUUUGCAAUCCGCAACUCAUUUUAAAAUUUACUUGGGUGAUGGCCUUGGAUUUUAUGGCAUUUUAUACAAAUAAACCGUUGCUGAAUUACCCUGUUGUUAUUACUCUUAUAUUUACCGUUAAUAUAAUAUUUUUGUAUGAGGUGCAGAGCUUAUUUUUUACAAAACAGGUUAAUAAAUGUAAAGCUAUAUUCAAUAUUUAAGCACAUCAUGGUUUAUAAGAUG